AUGAAGAUAAUUAUAUAUUUUUGCAUUUGGGCAGCAGCAUGGGCUUUUCCAGUUCUUCAAAUCAAGCCAUUGGAGAGACAUGCUGUUGACAAAUUUGUAAAUUUAAAUCUUCUAGAAAAAGGAAAAGUGCCAAUACAGGAUGAGUUAAAUGCCAAUGAUACCACCAAAGAAAGUGGUGUCCCCCCUGAAAAUGAAAGAGGAAGGCAACAAUAUACCAAACAUGGUUACAAAGAAGAAAGAAAUGGCUCUGAGUGGGCAGAAAUAGGAGGGAAAAGUUCUUCUACACAUUCCAUGUUAGUAAAUGACGAAGGGAAUAGUGAGGAUCAAAAUGGGGUCACAGGAAAACUAGAAACAUAUGGUUAUGAUGGGAUAAAUGGAAAAGGUAGCGCCACAGCAAAUGGCAUCAGGGGACAAGUAAGUAUCAUCGACAAUGCCGGAAGAGCAAAUGGGAGCAAUACUAAUAGAAAUACUGAUAAUAAUUUGAACAAUGGAGGAGAUGUUGGAGAUGCAAGUCAGAGUGAGAAUGCCACUGUUGCCCAAGAAGAUGACCAUCAAAUAGCUGGAAGGAAUAACAGUACAGGCCAUAAGGAUGAAAUAAACAGGAAUUCCUGUAGAAAUGAGGGUGAUACAGGUCAAGUAACACCUGAGAGAGAAAGUGAGGGAAAUGGGAAUCAGGAAGCAGGAGUAACACUAGGGGGAAGUGUAGCUGGCAAUGGAGAAGAUGAUGGCCUGGAUAAUUCUGAUGGGAAUCCUAGUGGGAAUGGAGCAGAGGAGGAUGAAGAUAAGGGCUCUGGUGAUGAUGAAGGUGAAGAAACAGGGAAUGGAAAAGAAAGCACUGAUAACAGCAAGGGCCAAGAGGGUCAGCCUCAUGGAAAAGAUGACAAUGAUAAUAGUUUAGGUCAAAAUUCAAUUAGUAAUGAAGAUGAUGACCCCGAAGACAAAGAAGAUCCCCAUGACAUCAAUGGAGACAACACUUCCAAGAGUGAGGAGGAUUCUGACGGUAUUUCCAAAGACAAAGAUAGCCCAAUAACAGAGGACAUGCAAAAGCCCAAUUACAGAGAAAACAAAGCUGUGGAAAAGAAAAUCACUAAUGAAGCAGAGCCAGGUGCUACUGGGAAGAGCCAAGAUAAGGGAAUAGAAAUGGAAGGUCCCAGUAGUGACAACAGAAACAAUAUUACCAAAGGAGCUGGGAAAUUCAGUGAAGAUAAAGAGAGUAAAAGACAACAAAGAAUGGUCAUGAGCAAAGGAAAUGUCAAGACACCAGGAGAGACUGACAACAUACAAGGACCUGGUCAGAAAUCAGAACCUGGAAAUAAGGCUGCACACAGCAAAACAGGUAGUGACAGUAACAGUGAUGGAUAUGACAGCUAUGGGUUUGAUGACAAAUCCAUGCAAGGAGAUGAUCCCAAUAGCAGUGGUGAAUCUAAUGGCAAUGAUGGUGCUGAUUCUGAAGGUGACAAUGACAGUAAUAGCCGAGGAGAUACUGGUUAUAACUCUGAUGAAUCAAAAGAUAACGGCAAUGACAGUGAUUCAAAUGGAGGAGGUGAUAAUGACAGUGAUAGCACAUCAGAUGCUAAUGAUAGUGACAGUAAUGACAAUGGAAACGGGAGCGAUGAGAAUGGCAAAUCAAACAGCAACAAAGAUAAAUCAGAGAGUAGCAACAGCAGUGACAGCAGUGACAGCAGCGACAGCAGUGACAGCAGCGACAGUAGCGACAGCAGUAAUAGUGACAGCAGCAACAGCAGUGAUAGCGACAGCAGUGAUAGUGACAGCAGCGACAGCAGCGACAGUAGCGGCAGCAGCGACAGUAGUGAUAGUAGUGACAGCAGUGACAGCAAGUCAGACAGCAGUGACAGCAGCAACAGCAGCAAUAGUAGUGACAGCAGUGACAGUAGUGACAGCAGCGACAGUAGUGACAGCAAGUCAGACAGCAGUGAUAGCAGUGACAGUAGUGACAGCAGUGAUAGUGACAGUAAACCAGAUAGUAGUGACAGCAGCAACAGCAAAUCAGAUAGUAGUGACAACAGUGGUGGUGACAGCAGUGACAGCAACAGCAAAUCAGACAGUAGUGACAGCAGUGACGGCGACAGCAGCGACAGCAGUGACAGCAGUGAUAGUAGUGACAGCGACAGCAGCGACAGCAGCGACAGCAGCAAGAGCGACAGUGACAGCAGCGACAGCAGUGAUAGUAGUGACAGUGACAGCAGCGACAGCAGCGACAGCAGUGAUAGCAAGAGCGACAGUGACAGCAGCGACAGCAGUGACAGCAACGACAGCAAUGAUGGCAGCAAGAGCAACAGUGACAGCAGCGACAGCAGCGACAGUGACAGCAGCGACAGCAGCGACAGCAGCAAGGGCGACAGCGACAGCAGCGACAGCAGCGACAGCAGCGACGACAGCAGCGACAGUAGUGACAGUGACAGCAGCGACAGCAGUGGCAGCAGCGACAGCAGUGACAGCAGUGACAGCGACAGCAGCGACAGCAGCGAUAGUAGUGACAGUGACAGCAGCGACAGCAGUGGCAGCAGCGGCAGCAGCGGCAGCAGCGACAGCAGUGACAGCGACAGCAGCGACAGCAGCGACAGCAGUGGCAGCAGAGGCAGCAGCGACAGUGACAGCAGUGACAGCGACAGCAGCGACAGCAGUGACAGCAAAAGCGACAGCAGCGACAGUAGUGACAGCGACAGCAGCGACAGCAGCGACAGUGCAUCUGACGGUGAUAAGAGUCACAGCAAGAGCAAGUCUGGUAACGGCAACAAUGGAAGUGACAGUGAGAGUGACAGUGAAGGCAGUGACAGUAAUCACUCAACCAGUGAUGAUCAGAAAAGAAAAACCCACAAGAUUUUUUUUGGAGAAGUCUAG